AAUGACAUUUCAAAUUGUAGAAGCUCUGUGAAAAGUUCUCAGUCAAAUUCAGUCUCAGCCAUUGGUGGAAAAAUUUUCUCUAACUCCAAAAAUUAAUAUAUAUUUUAUUCAAAAUGGAUAUGGAUCCGGACCUUAUUUGGGAGAUGGGGGAGAGUAUGCUGAAGGACGCGAUUACCACUAAUGCCUAUGACCGUUUGCUAAAGCGUUGCAAGAACAUUUUUAAGGAUAAGAUCGUCAUGGACGUGGGCUGCCGGAGUGGAUUGCUGAGCCUGAUGAGCGUGGAUGCUGGAGCUAUUAAGGUCAUAGCUGUGGGAAGUAGCGAAAGUGCCAAGUGUGUGAAGGACGCCUUGGCAGCCAAGGACAAUGGCGAGAAGGAGGAUAUAUUCGAAUUCGUCGAGGGCGACAUUGAUGAGAUCCGCUUGCCGUGCGGCUUGAAAAAGGUGGACAUUAUAGUGUCGGAGUGGCUGGGUCAUUCCAUAUUUGUCGAGUCACUCUUCAAAGAGGUACUCUUUGCCAGGAGUUUUUAUUUGGUUAAGGGCGGCCUUAUCAUUCCCAAUAUAGUAUGUCUGUUUGCCAGUGGAAUGGAAUACACCCAUCGGCCUAUAAUCAACGAGAAGCCAGUGACCGUAAUCGAGGAUUAUGUUAACGGUGACCAGCUCUGUACGGACAGGUUUUUCCUCAAACAAAUUGACAUUCGCGAUGCCCAUGUAGAUGAUGAUUCCUUCAGGGUUGAGUUUCAGCUAAUGGGCACCAAAAAUUGUCGGCUGGGAGGUAUGGUUCUCCACAUGGAUGUGGGUUUUACUCGGCCGGAUGGUCGGGUGAAGCCUCUCUUCUCCACAAGUCCUAAAAUGCCACGCACAUAUUUGAGGCAAACCAUCCUCUUCGUAGACGACGUGGUGGUGGUGGAAAGGGGUGAGGUCAUCUCCGGAACAAUAGGAAUGUUUGCAAAUGAGUGGGAGGCUCGUGAGGUGGAGUAUUCCCUGGCGUUUGAGAAUUACGAUAUAGAAACUUCGUCUGAAUCGGAAACUGACUCGAUGGAGUCUGAGACGGAAUCGUCAGACUCGGACAUGCAGAUUGAAGAUCAGUCUCCGGAUGCAUCUCAGGGUGAGUCUGAGGAGGAAUCUGAGGGGGAGACAGACGAGGAAACUGAGCAGGACUCUGGCAAUGGAACUGAAAAUGCAUCCGAGAUUGGAUCGGAGAAUGAGCCUGACAAUGAACCCGAAAAUGGGGCCGAGAGUGCACCCGAGGAUGAGCACGGAAAUGUGUCUGAUAAUCAGCCGGAGUCUGAAAAUAUGAUUCUGGACAUGGAGGAGACAAACUCGGAGGAGGAACUCACUCCUGUGGAUAAUCCUGACCCUGAGCCGAUGCCUCUGGAUAACUUUAUGGCCCUGUUUAAGGCUCCUGGCUUCUACGUAGAACGUGAUCCCAACGACUUUCAAUAAAUGUGAUAUCGAUAUUGAUGUAUUCAUGGCAACUAAAACGAGAGAAUACUGUAUGAAGAUCGUUGCCCGAUCAAAAUUUA